UGUCCCGGAGCUCGCGAUUGAAGAGCAACAAAAGUGUUUGGGGGCGGCCGGCAGUGCACUGCACCGGCUGCUUACAGCGGGGCUGUAACUCAGUCAGCUCAUAGCCAUGUGAACUUCAAUCCCUGGCGAAUCCGAGAGGCAGAGCGAGCGGAGAAGAAGUCCGUGCGAAGUUAGUGCUGGGAGUUGGACAUCGGGCAUCAUUCGGCACUCUCCGGCUCGGCCCCAUGUCAGCAUGAGUUUCCGAGAUGUCGACCGCACAGAAAAGUUUGGGAGACGUGAAGUCUCGAAAUGUUUGAGUCGAAAGUCCACUUGUGAUUGUUGUAGCCCAGCGUCCAACUGUUUUUGACUGGCGACUUGAGAGCUGAUCGGAUCGUGGUUGGGGCUUGGGGACAAGAUAUGUUUUGAAUCCUCACAUUCAACAGAGAUGCAAAAAGCCAGGGUCAAGAAAAUGACCUUAAAUUAUUUGCUUUUAUCGUAUCUAGUUUUUUACCUGAUUUUGCAAGACGUCAGCGGUUCCAAUAUUUGUACAAGUGGACGUGCUACCUCCUGCAAAGAGUGUUUGCUUAUUCAUCCUGACUGUGGCUGGUGUAUUCAAGAGGAAUUUGGUACCAAGAGAAGCUUCUCUUCAAGAUGUGACUUUAGGGAAAACUUGAUUAAAAGAGGAUGCAUUGUUCACUUUAUAGAAAGCCCUCAAAGCAGCAUACAGAUAGAAAGAAACUUACCAUUGAGUAAUAAGGGAUCAGGAUCAUCACAAUCAGAUGUCAUUCAACUCGCGCCUCAAAGGAUUGCACUUACACUAAGACCAGACCACGAGACAACAUUUCGUAUGCAUGUACGGCAGGUGGAGGAUUACCCUGUAGACUUGUACUAUCUUAUGGACCUUUCCCUAUCCAUGAAAGAUGACUUGGACAACAUCCGUGUGUUGGGUACAACACUAUCCCGAGAGAUGGCAAAGCUCACCAGCAACUUUCGCCUGGGCUUUGGAACAUUUGUUGACAAACCAACAUCACCAUUUUCUUACACAGGCCCCAAAUACCAGAACAACCCAUGUGUAGGAUAUAAGCUGUUUCCACAAUGUGUUCCAAGUUUUGGAUUCCGUCACCUGCUGUCACUUACUGACAAGUCUGACAAGUUCAAUGCAGAAGUUCAGAAGCAGAUGGUAUCUCGGAAUCGUGAUGCACCAGAGGGCGGCUUUGAUGCAAUCCUGCAGGCAGCAGUUUGCAAGGAAAAAAUAGGCUGGCGGAAGGAGGCUUCCCACUUGCUAGUGUUUACCACAGAUGAUGUACCACAUAUUGCAUUGGACGGCAAGCUUGGUGGUCUGGUACAGCCAAAUGAUGGACAGUGUCAUCUUGAUGAAAAUAACGAGUACAGUUCCUCAACGCAAAUGGAUUACCCGUCACUUGCACUCCUAGGAGAAAAGUUGGCAGAGAACAACAUUCAUUUGAUAUUUGCUGUUACUCAGUCCCAUUACAUACUUUACAAGAAUUUUACUGCUUUGAUCCCUGGAACAACUGUAGAAAUUCUUGACAAGGAUUCAAAGAAUAUAAUUCAACUGAUUGUCAAUGCUUACAGUAGUAUUCGGUCCAAAGUUGAACUGACAGUAGGAGACCAACCAAAAGACAUUGAACUUUCCUUGACAGCUACAUGUCAGGACGGUGUUUCACGCCCUGGUGUUAGAAAAUGUGGUGAUCUUAAAAUUGGAGACACAGUGUCUUUUGAUGUCACUGUAGAAGCUAGGAGCUGCCCAGAAGCCCAGAUCAGAAAUAGCUUCACCAUUAAGCCAGUUGGCUUCAAAGAUUCACUGAGUAUAACAUUUGGUUAUAUUUGUAACUGUGACUGUACAAGUGGGAUGCAAGCCAGUAGCUCCAAGUGCAAUGGUAAUGGAACCUAUGAGUGUGGGAUCUGUAAGUGUGAUCCAGGCUUUCUGGGAGCCAAUUGUGAAUGCCAGGAUGGAGAAACCAGUAAUGUAUUCCAGACGUUUUGCCGUGAAGCAGAGGGAAAGCCGAUCUGCAGUGGCAGAGGGGAAUGCAGCUGCAACCAGUGUGUCUGCUAUGAGAGUGAGUUUGGAAGGAUUUAUGGGACUUUCUGUGAAUGUGAUGACUUCUCAUGUGCUCGGCACAAGGGCAUACUAUGUUCAGGGCAUGGAGAAUGUCACUGUGGUGAAUGCAAGUGUCAUGCCAGCUGGAUUGGAGACAAUUGCAAUUGUUCAACAAAAAUGGACUCGUGCCUUUCAGAUGAUGGGCAGAUUUGCAGCGGUAGAGGAAACUGCGCAUGUGGCCGAUGUUCGUGCACUGAACCUGGAGCAUUUGGGGAUACCUGCGAGAAAUGCCCAACCUGCCCUGAUGCCUGUGGCAUGAAAAGGGAGUGUAUAGAGUGUAGAUUGUUUAAUUCUGGAAGAUUGGCUGACAAUCAGACUUGUCAAAAGCUCUGCAAAGAUGAGAUCCUGACUGUGGAUGUCCUCAAAACAGAUGAUCAGGAUGCAGUUCUCUGUUUGUACAAAACUGAAAAUGACUGUGUCAUGAGGUUUACUUAUUCAGAACACAUCAGUGGAAAAUCUGUCCUUACUGCUCUGAAGGAACCAGAAUGUGCAAGUGAAACUGACCCAGUAACCGUAUUGAUAGCAGUAGUUGGUAGUAUUUUGACUGUGGGCAUUGCUUUACUUGCCAUUUGGAAACUGAUUGUCACUAUUCAUGAUAGAAGAGAAUUCGCCAGAUUUCAAAAUGAAAGGACCAGAGCCCGAUAUGAGAUGGCAACCAACCCACUGUACAGACAACCCAUAACCACACAUACUGUCGAAAUUCUUUCAACAAUGCAUAACAAGUCUUACAAUGGUAUAGUUGACUGAAAUGGGGAGUAGGACUGCAGUGGUAACUGUGCCAUCAGUUUGCACCUGACUGGGUUUUGUUCCUAAAUUUGCUAACUGGAAAUUCUGCCCUUCUUCCUCGGAUAGCCAAGGCUGAAAUUACUGCAUGCUGCACAGAAAAAGACUCCGUACUACGCAUCUGCCUGAUUUGGACAAAAUAUCUUAGAGGAGUGUGCUUUGGACUAUUGACUAUUAUUUUUGGACAAGAAAAUAUUUUAUUGGGUUUAUUGCUUAGAUAUGAAAUGAUGGAAAUACAAAUUGCAAAUUUUAUGGCACAAGUAAACCUUUGAAGAAAACUUGUUUUGGUAUGACAAAAAAUUGUAAAGCUUGGGAUUUUUAAAGCUUUUUUUAUAACAAAGUUGAUUACAUUAAAUCUGUGAUAAAUGUUUUUAGCAUAACAAAAACUAAGUAAUUAUUACGAGCACAAUACCUCUCAGUUGAGCAGAAACAGGCAUUUUAUACCUAUAUCUACUUAAAAGAAAUAUAACCAUAUGGUAACAUUAGUUUGAUUGUAGAAAUACUGGGAUAGUCUUCACUGAUUACGCCAGCUGAAAACAGUGCAGUAACACUCUAAAAUAGCAGGAGAAUGCUUCCUGCAUUUUUUACUAUUUCCAAUCUGGUUGGUGCCAAGUGCAGGCAGAUGAAUCAUGAGUCACGCUUUCUACCAUUUUACUAUGCAAGGGUCCAGUGCUUUCCCAGGAUUGUUAUUUUAGAACAGUAUUUGUAAAUGCCACCCAGCAUCAGGUAACAGUGUAACUUGAGUGGAAUUACAUGUAAAUAAUUUUAAAUUUGACUUUGUGGAGCUGUAAGGAAAAGGAAUGCUCCUCAGUGGCCAGCAUAAAGGGUGCUACCACGCAGUUUUCUUCCAUUUAAACUGCCUCCCUGCUCCUUUCAGGGUUAGAUUGAAUUUGCAUUGAAGACCUGUCAAACUGCCCAACUUUGCUGUGACUCGGAGUCACUAAGCUCCCACAGUGUUUUAAUAUUUUGCUUGCAGCUUUCUGGCCUGUGCUAAUGAAGCCCAUCCCUCAAAAUGGACUGGUCCUCCUUGGGAGGACCCUGCACAGCUGGCAGCCCAAGCCUACCCAUUGUAAAAGUUUACCUCACCGUGCCACGGCUGUUGUUUCCUGAUUGGCUAUACUAGGCUACUGAUGCAAAAUACCAAUGUUAUGUAAUUUUAUACUAGUUAAAGAGUUUGUAGAAUUUUAUUCAUUGGAGUCCUGAUAACAUUUGUGAAAGGUUACUGAUUGUGUCCAUAUUCUGGAAAUAAUGCUAAUUAUGUUGUUUGAUUCUUCUACGCAUGAAGAAUGGCACGGAUAGCACUGUGCUAUUAAAGUGGUCUGGAAGAAAUUUCACAUUGGUGACGUAAACUGCCUUGGACUUUCUGAAAGACUUUUAUUGUCCAGUUAUGCAGCAUCUUGUACUUGUAAAAUCAUUUUAACACAGAAAAUAACACUUGCAAAAAAUAUUUGGUAAUCAACUUGGCAUCAAUAGUCCACUGAGGGGGCCCAAAUUUCUUCUUGAUUACAAUCCUACAGUCGCUCCUUAUGUAUGUUCUAUAAUCCUUUGCUAUUCAGUGGUUGAUACAAUUCAGUUUUGGUGUCACAAUGCAAAGCUGGAGGAACACAGCACGUCUGGAAACAUCAGAGGAGUAGGAAAGUUGACGUUUCAGGUUGGGAACCACCUUCUGUGUUCCUCCAGCUCCACACUGUGUUGACUCUAACUCCAGCAUGUGCAGUUCUUGGUAUCUUUGGUGUCAUAAUGCGGUAGGUUAACCACUGAUGUGGCAUGAAUCAAUAUGUUUCUUUUUAAAGAAUGUUCUUGGUUACAGAAGAGCUAAUCCUCAUUAACUAAAAAUGAUAAAGAAAUGAAUUGAUACCGUAAGCUAACACAUAUCCCCUGAGAAUUGUGGUCAUUGUUAAAUAUAGCCAGUAUUAUACAUUAUUUAGCAGGGUAUUUAGCUCCCAUUGAUUUUGCAAUACCAGAUCCUCUCUGACUGUCAGUGACUUACUACACAACGUCUAUGAAAUAAUGGCACAGAAUUCCAGCAGGCUAUUUCAUUGAAAGCAUAAAAUGAAAUUGUAAGUCCCUUCCCUCUACCUAACUUGAAUAAAUGGAGAAUCCACUUGUAAGAUUAUAAUUAGCAUUUUGUGAACAUGAUAAAGUUGGAGGACAAGUUGAUUAAUUUGUAUUUCUAAGUAAGUUUUUAUAAAUAGGAGCAUGAUUUUAUUUUCUGUACUUGUGCCCAUGGGAGACUACCUAAGUCAAUACUGGCAUGUGUACUUGAUGCUUUAUCUGACAUCUGACAUUUUUUGACACUGCUAUGAAUUUGGAAAAUCUAUUUGAUGGAAUUCAAGUGUAAAAAGCUAAUAUUAAAUCUACACAAAUGCUUGGGUAGGCUACAGUUAGAAUGUUGCAUCAACUUUCAAGACUGAAUUGUAAUUGUUGCCAAAGUACAAUCAAAAUAAUUUUAAAAACUUAAGACAAUAUCAAGCAUGGGACAUUAUUUGGAUUAGAGAUUUGAAAGAUCAGUGUUCAAAUUUUGAAAGAGUUGGUAAGAUACAGGAUAAACAAAUUUUCGCUGGUAAUUCAGUAAGAAGGAGGGUAUAUCUUUGGAAUUGGCUUGAAAGGACAAAGGGACAGGUUGAGAGAUGUUUACACAAGGAGUUGUUAGAAUGUAGUUUUAUCGACAAGGUACUAGGUGAAUGAAGAAUACAUUUACAGGAUGUGUAAUCCUGGACUAGACUGCCAAAUUUAUGUUAUGAUCAGGUUUUCAUUCACUAACUUUUUAAAGCAGCAAAAGAGUGAGAUCCCAGGUAUGUAGAAAAUAAAGCUGUAAGAUUCCAUGACUUUGGAGACCCCACAAUAAAUGUUACUGGACAAAGAGACAA